AUGGAUAAUACUAUUGUUCUCUUCACAGUAAGCUUUCUUCUUGUAUCUUCAAAUGGCAUCAUGUCACAGCAGAAUUAUUCAGGAAACUCAGUACUAAGUUGCAGCAACAACGACACAGAGGGUCCUUCUUCAGAUUUCCUAUACACCUGCAAUGGAUUCCAAAAAUCUUGCUUAACCUUUCUCAUAUUCAAAUCCCAAACUCCUCACAACACCAUUGCCACAAUCUCCAACCUCACUUCCUCAAACCCAGAGGACCUUGCAAGGUUCAACAACGCCACUCAUUCCACACUGUUCCGAACCGGCAAAGAAGUCAUUGUCCCUCUCAAUUGUUCUUGUCCAACCAGAGAACAUGAUGAUGAUUAUGAUGAGUACUAUCAAGCUCAAACCACAUACGUUCUGCCAAAAGAUCCAACAUAUUUUACAACAGCAAAAGAUACCUUUCAGGGAUUAACCACGUGCGAUUCUCUCCAGCGUUACAAUCCUUAUGGGGUUCUUGAUUUGCAUCCUGGCAUGGUGUUGCACGUGCCCCUCAUAUGCGCUUGUCCGACGGCGCGUCAAGCCGGUAGCGGCACCAAGUAUUUGCUGACCUACUCGGUUAAUUGGGGUGAUAACGUCUCUAAUAUCGCAACACGGUUCCAUGUCAACGCAAGUAGUAUGGUUGAUGCCAAUGGUUUAUCCUCAGAAAAUGAAAUGCUCUAUCCAUUCACAAUUGUCCUGAUUCCAUUAACAAGUGAACCCAACAGCACAAUAACCAAAGUUCAAAAUGGUCAACCACCUUCUCCGACUACUCUUUACACUGUAAGAAAGGAUAAGACAAAGACAAAAAGAAAAAGAAUCAUAGUUGCUCUUACUUCUUCUGCGAGUUUCUUGUUUUUUCUGUUUGUCGUUUUAUCUCUCGUGUUUGUGCGUAGAAAGAGAUUAGAAAUUUUCUUCAGGGGAGAUAGAAGAGGCAGAACAAAGCAAGUGUUUUCAGAACAAAUACGUGAAGGGGUAGCAAGCAUUGAGCUUCUUUCCAAAGUGUACAAGUUUGAUGAAAUUAAAGAAGCAGAUGAGAAUUUCAGUGCAAGCAACAGAAUCAAAGGCUCUGUCUACCGUGGGGUAUUUGGUAAGGAGAGGGAAAUCAUGGCGAUCAAGAAGAUGAAUUUGGGUGCCUCUAAGGAAGUGAAUUUGUUAGGAAGGAUCAAUCACUUCAACCUGAUAAAGCUGGAAGGUUACUGUGAAAAAGAUGGAUCCUUCUAUCUUGUUUUUGAGUACAUGGAAAAUGAUCCUUGCUAUGUUCACAAGGCCAUAAACACUGACAAUAUAUUAUUAAAUAAAGAUCUAAGGGCCAAGAUAGCGAAUUUCACUUUGGCUAAAGAAUCAGAUAGAGAAGUAACAAGCUCUUGUUCUUAUUACACAUCACAUGUUGUGGGAACUAGGGGUUAUAUGGCUCCAGAGUAUCUUGAUUCAGGGAGAGUCACAUCGAAGAUGGACGUGUAUGCGUUCGGAGUGGUGCUGUUGGAAUUGAUCACUGGCAAAGAUUCUAUUAUUGUGCAGGAUGAUGGAACUGAGACGAUGCUUUCAUCAAUCAUAUUGAAUCUCAUUGAUAAAGAUGAUGCAGAAGAGAAACUCGGUUUGUUCAUUGAUCCUAGUCUCAUGGGAAACAGUGAGAAGGUCUGUGCAAUUCAGCUAGUUAAGCUAAGCCUAGCAUGCUUGGUUGAAGAACCUUCAAGGAGACCAAACAUGGCAGAAGUGGUCUCGAGUUUGCUUAGAAUAUAUACAGAAAUUGAGACAAGAACGUUACCCUGCCGCAUCAAUGACAGUGGAAGCACGGAGAGGUUAAAUCGUAUAGAGUGUGACUGGAGAAAUGAAGAGUGA